CCCUAUCCCACAGGAGAGACUGAGGAAACUUUAGAAACACUUCGAGUGGAACUUAAAAUGGAUGUAAAAAAGAGGAACGGCAAAGAAACAGUGCAUCGAAAAAUGGACAAGACGUUCUCAUACAGAAGAUUAGAGGUAGUUCGGGAAACACCCAUGGUACAAGAUUUCCAGGAACGGUGGCCUGCGCUCUUUGAUGUGUUUGAGAUAAACGCUGAAUUCAAGAGAAUCACCACUCUGCCACUGCAGUCCCGGUUCCUCUCGCAGCUAGACAUUCUGUCUUCCAAACUUAUUGCUCUCUAUAAAAAAAGAGGUGGACUAAUAGGCAAACGCCUAAAAAGUAUAAUGGACCAAAUGACUGAAGAAGAUGUCGACCAUGGGCGUGAAAGUGUUCUGAAGGGCCUUUGUGUGUACCUCAAUGAAGACCCCGAACAUCUGAUACGUCAGCAUGUAGGAGUAAGUGAUACAGCCUUUGAAGAAUCAGUUGAGGAAACUACUGUGGGGAUCUUCACGGAUUUAGACAAUGUUCCUCUGGCUGUUGCACUACUGUUUGGCCUCCUGUAUGCUCUAAAUAUGGAUUAUCCUCAUCAACUCAGGUAUACCUUUGAAGUGAUCCAGAAACUGAUCAUGGAGCUAGAUGGUGGCACACUUUCAAAGAAAGUCCAGGUCCUGAAGAAUAGACUCAAUGAGUAA